CCGUCUGGAGCACACCCUCCCGGCACUCAUGGACUACUAUGCUGUGCUCGGUGUGGCCCGGGAUGCCACCGACGCAGAGCUGAAGAAGGCAUACCGCAAGGCGGCCAUCAAGUGGCACCCGAGGAAGAAUGCCGAGAGCGAGGAGGAGGCCGAGGUUGCGUUUGCAGAGGCAGCGGAAGCGUAUGAAGUCCUUUCUAUGCCAGUCCUCCGUGCCGUCUUUGACCAGUAUGGCGAGACUGGGCUCAAGGAGGGCAUUCCUGACGGCGGUGGUGACAUUCCUGGCUUUGAUGGCUACACCUUUUCUGGUGAUCCUUAUGCUGUCUUUACAAAGAUGUUUGGUGGUGAAGCGCCCUUUGCUCUCUUUGCCGAUCCGCUCAACGGCCCGGCAAAGUCGUCGGUCUUUGGCGCUGGUGCCGUUGCCCGCUCGCCCGUCAAGCCCGCCACCGACCUCCACACCCUGCGUCUGACGCUGGAGCAGCUGUAUGCUGGAUGCACCAAGAAGAUCAAGAUCACUCGCCGGGUGCUCAAUAGCGACGGACAGACAACCCGCGAGCAGGCGACUGUCCUGACCGUGCCGAUCAAGCCGGGCUUCAAGGCCGGCACGCGCAUUACCUUUGCGGGCCAAGGCGACCAGGGCCCCGGCAUGGAACCGGGCGACGUUGUCUUUGUUGUUGCCGAGAAGCCGCACAAGGUCUUUGCCCGCAACGGCAACGACCUGGUCUACACCGCCACCGUCUCGCUCCUCCACGCACUCACCGGCUUCACCGUCGAGCUCACCACACUCGACAACCGCAGACUCGCCAUCCCCAUCAACGACGUCGUCGAGCCGGGAUUCUCUAAGAAGGUCCACGGCGAAGGCAUGCCUCUGCCUGGAACUCCGGGCGCCAGAGGUGACUUGUACAUCAAGUUUACCGUUGUCUUCCCGAACAACCUCAACGGCAAGCAGAAGAACCACAUCCGCGCCGCCCUCGGCCCGCCGCCCAAGAGCCAACCGGCCAAGCUCCCAGGAAAGAGCUCGUCGUGAUCGCCGUAAACAUGCCUUACUCUUGCCUG